AUGUCGGGACGUGGCAAGGGCGGAAAGGGCUUGGGCAAGGGAGGAGCUAAGCGCCAUCGCAAGGUGCUUCGCGACAACAUUCAGGGUAUCACGAAGCCUGCUAUCCGUCGUCUGGCACGUCGUGGCGGUGUGAAGCGUAUCAGCGGCCUCAUCUACGAGGAGACCCGCACUGUGCUGAAGAACUUCCUUGAGAAUGUCAUCCGUGACUCGGUCACGUACACCGAGCACGCUCGCCGCAAGACUGUGACCGCCAUGGACGUCGUGUAUGCUCUGAAGCGCCAGGGCCGCACCCUCUACGGCUUCGGUGGUUAA